AUGGAGGCGGUGAAAGCAGAACUGGCGAAGGCAAAAGAAGAGCUCAUAAUAGCCAAAGAAAGAGCAAUCCAAUCCUGGCUGGAUUCCAAGCCUCUGAUUGACGAACUCGAGAAGCAGAAAUCCAAUCUUGCAGAAGCUCAGCAAACUUCAAAGGCAUCAAAAACUGCAGUCUCAGAGUUGGAAUCACAGCUGGAGAGCACAAAAAGUAGCAUCAAAUGGAAAAGAGAAGACCAACUCAAGACAGAGUCAACGAUCCAAGAAAUCAAACUUGCUCUGACUCAAAUACGCCACGAAAUCGAAGACAUCAAGGUUGGCGUAACAAAAGAGAAACAAGAAAGGGAAAAGCUACAGCGAAUUGUACACUUAAGGAAGCAGAAGAUCAAGGCGUUGCGGCUCGCGAUUCGAGCCACGACGCUAGAGUUCCAAGCUUUGGAAGAAUCCAGCGCCAAUGCUGUUCAGCAGCACGUCUAUCACUCGGAAAGUCGUACGGACGGAGUAGUAGUCACCCGAGAAGACUACUUCGUCCUUACGAGAAGGGCGAAGCGGAAAUACUCGAAGGUGAAUUCGCUUGUGGCGGUUUCGGCUGAGCAGAAGCGUGCGGCUGAAGCUUCUCAUGACUUAGCAUUGUCAAGAUUGGACAAGUACGGUGGAUCAUGGAGUAUGGAGAGAAGAAAGGUAACCAGGAAAUGGUACUCAAAGAGGGUGUUUGUGAAGAAAAAACAUGGAAUUGGUGAAGGGGAAGUAGAGAAUAAUGACACAAGAUGGGAGUCACAUAAAUUUCAAGCCAAAUCUAUAGGCAAGUUUGAAGGGGGGGGAAGUACGGAAGAAGAAGAAUAG